AUGCUUAUGAAUGGCACGGUCUACUUUUUCAAUUAUUCAAACAAUAGAACGGCUGUUGUUCUUGUCAAUGUGGGCGACGAUGUCGCCGGCGAGAUCGACGAUGUAAUCAUUUUGCAGACUAGAAAGUGCCGUCUCAGCACCCAGCUGUUCCUCCUUCUUCUCUCUCUCCCCCUCUGCAUCAACAUGGAAUUCCGCGUCGUCGACUUUCCGGUCGAGAUACAGGAGGUCAUCUUUGACUUCCUGUUUGGCGAGAAGAACCCGGCGCCCCGGGCCCCUGGCGAGCAGCCUAAGAGCCGCCAGGCCCGGGGCAAGAGCUUGUCGUGCCUGGCAAUGGUUUGCCCGCUGUGGAGAUCACUCGUUCAGCGGCGAGUCUACCAUCAUAUCAAGAUCCGGGGUAGCGUUGCGGAGCUGAAUGACAGUGUGGAGUGGUUUCGGGCGCAUCCACACCUGAUGGAGUACGUCAAGCACAUUGAGAUCUGGGUUCCUGUCUGGGGUAGACCGUCCGUUCGCCGGCGUCACUUCACGGUGCCACGCCAACCAGUUCAAGGGUGGACAGUCGAUGGUCAGGCGAUUCUGGCCGACAACAAUCGAUACCAGCGGGCGCAUGACAAUGCCUCAUUGAAUGAUAUCUUCCGCGUCGUGAAAGCGUUUUUUGCCUCGGCUCAAAUCUUCACUCUGGAAGGUGGCGACAACUAUCGGUCUUUGCGUGUCGAAAAGUUCGCAGACGGACCCCUCGUCUUUGGGUUUCAGGAUCGAAACGAGAGACGACGUCUGCCUAUUCUUGACCAUGUCAAAACAUUUGUGAUGCGCGGUGCAUGGAACGUGAUGCGAGAUUCGAAGGAUUGGUAUGACUUUCGACAAGCGCUUCCCAACAUCACGGAAUGGCAAUGUUCUUACACCCGGGUUCAAGUAUUAGGGUAUGUAACAAUGAUGAACAUUCUGUCAAGUCAAUUUGAGAGCGUUCGUCAUAUCACAGUGGGCCUUGAGGGGUUCGCCAACAACCAAGAUAACGUGCACAACGUGGGUCCGAAGCCCGUUCUCCAACCAAUCUGCCACAGGCUUGCUAAAGCUGCUUUCAAUCUCGAGACUGUCAAUUUCACCGGCCGAGUCUGUCGUGAUUUAUUCUCCGGGCUGAUAAGUGAAUCAAAAAAAAGCAACAAGGUCUCGUCCCUCCGCUCCCUUGAUGUUCUGGUGAAGGCUUGUUGUCGCAAUGAGGUUAGGUCGGAAUACUGGCUCCCCCUCACCUAUCAAUUAGCAGGGAUCAAUCAUACGGAGUUCAACGACGCCUUUCACGAAAUGGUUCUUGGUGCCGUUCAGGCACUCACUGUCCUCCCAAAAUUGAGUUACUUACGUAUUCGCUUCAUGGAUUUGGACUGGACAGACCCUUUUCAGAAUCCAUACUUCGAGCUCAAGAACGACAAAUGUACAGGUCUGUGGAGUCCAGCCAUCCUCGAUGCGCUCCGCGAGAGCCGACCAUCGGCCAGCUUUGUUCAGCGCAGCAAUGGGAUUGAGCCUGAGAUCGUGGAUAACGUGCUCGUGGGUGUGCAGGCUUUGGCCGCUCGCCCUGUAAGCAUACUAGCAAGUCAAUACGUGAUCAUCGCUGAAAACAGACUGCCCUGA